CCCGGCCCGACGGCCGGAAGAGGGGGGCAGAUCCCCUCUCGCCGGGCCUUUUGCACUCCUUCUGCAUGGCGACUGCUCCCUGCCCCUCCCUUUCUUUCUCCCUCCCUGCCCCCGCUCCCUCCCUCGCUUGUCGCCGCCCCCUCCUGCCCCGUGGCCCCCUCUCGCCUGCCUCACUUGGCCACCCCCUCAUCGAGCAUGAUGGCCUCGCCCGGCGCCGGGCCCGCUCUGACCAUCAGCCAGCCGCUGCUGGCGGCAUGUGCUCGGUGGUCCGGGUGCGGGCGCUUUCUGGCUUGCCUGGCGCCACAGGCCGGACCGCCCUCGCGGACCGGAGGGCCCCCGCUGCCGGGCUUCGACCUGGCCGUGUGGGCUCCCUUCAGCCAGGAGGGCGGCCCGCGCCUGGUGGUUCGCAAGGCCCUCCGCGCUCCAGGGGCGGCGGCGGCCCCGCGCGAGCCGCGCGUCGGCUGGUCCCCCUGCGGAGGGUUCUUGGUGGUGUAUUGGCGCCAGGAGGCGGGCUCCGGGCCGGCCACCGAGCCCCAGCCGCCCGCCGGUGAUGGGAGCCUCUUCCAGGCCGGCGUGGUGACGGUCUUCCGCUUGGUGACCAGCUCCGAUGGCACGCGCGUGCGCCUCUCCCGGCAUCUGAUCAUCGAUGAUCUGCAGCUCGGCCUCGGGCAGGUCCUCUGGGUUGGUGGCCCCCCGGCGGGCGGGCCCGAUGUCCAAUUGGUCCUUGUUUCUGGGCAAUGCCUUCAGGCGGCCUUCUGGCCGAUGGACGGGGCAACGACGGCCACCGCGCCAGCCAGCAUUGUCAUUAACCCGGCCACUGGCCGCGAUGGCCGCGUUCUGCUCGCGCAGGACCCGACAUCCGGGCGCUUUGCCCUGGUCGAGCGCAGCCUCCCAGCUGGCCGACCGGCGAUUGUGGUAUUCGCCGGGGCCGCCCGGCCGGAGGUCCUCUUCCGGCAGCAGCUCCAGGGCUUCGUGGCCCCGGAGACGGUCAGCUGGUCUCCCUGCGGGCGGUAUCUCUCGGUGACCGAGAGCCCUCUGGGCACGUACCGGUUCUGCUCUCUUGACACGUACCUGUGGCAGAUGGUGCGUCCAUCGGCGCACGUGGCCCACGCCGCGAUCCUGGUCACCGGCGAUGGAGAAAUGCUGCCCCUGGGGGGAGGCGGCGCCGGCGGCGGCAGCAGCGGCGCCGGUGGGCACGCGGGUGGCGGGCGUCCGCGCGCCGGGUCCGCCUCGCUCCUGUCCCCGGCCACGGCAUCUGCCACCGGGUCGGAGGCCAGCCGGCCCGGCAUGUCUCGGCCACUGGGCCCCGGGCGCGCGCCCUCCGAGCACCUUUCCUCGUCGAUGGCCUCCGGCGGCCCAGGAGCCCGGUCCCUGGGUCUGAGCAGCAGCUUGGCCUCGGGACCCGGGCUUCCGGACGCCGGGUCGCCGCUGCACCCUUCGCGACGCCACAUCGCCGGGGGGGUUCGGCAAUUGUGCUGGUCGCCGGCGCACAGCGGUGCCGAGCGCCCGGGCCGGGCCCUGCUGGCGUGCCAGCGUCUGUUGGAUGGCGAAGUCCGGCUCUUUGGCGGGCCGGUUUUCGAGGCGCUCACCGGGCCGACGGCUCCCAGCGAGCCGCUGUGGUCCGGCACCGGCAGCUCCUUUGCCUUCGGUCGAUCGGCCACCGGGGCUGGGGAGCUGGCCGUGGCGGCGGCCGCUCAGCCGGUUGCCUCGCUGCUCGGCGCUGCCGGCGGCGCCGGUGCCCAGGCCGGGGAGGCCCCCGCCUCGACGCGCUCCUGGGCCGAGUUGGCCUCCCUGGCCUUCAGUCCGGAUGCCGCGUCCCCGGGCGAAUGUUCCAUCUUCCUGGAGGAACAUUUGAGUGAGGGAAUCAAAUAUGCCGUGCAUGCAAAUGGCCCCGACACGGGGGACCGGCUGCGCGAGGUGCUGACCAUGCCGUCGGUGCGUCUGGCGCACUUUGCCUUGCGACCGCCGGAGGAGGCCGGAGAUGCCGGGCCGGUGGAUGUGCCCUUUGUUUCGGACAAGACGGCUGCUGCCUUCGAGGCAUUCGCCCUGGAGUGCCUGCAUGGACCGCCGAUGUCCUUCAGCCCGGACGGCCGGUGGCUGGUGGUGGUGUCCGGCCAAAUCCCGAAUGCCGUCCUGGUGUGGGACAUCCUGGGCGAGUCGCCUGACCCCGGAGCGACGGACCCGCGGCCGCACUACCGCGCUCCGGGCCUGGUGGCGGUGCUGGCACACCGGUCAUCGGUGGCCUCGGUGGCCUGGCGCCCGGCGCUCGACAGCCAGCCCCCCGGCCUGCCGGAGCUUUGGAUUGCCACCCGCCAGCCGGGGGUCCUCUUCCGCUGGACGCCCCUCGGAGCGGAUGUCGUGCACCUGCCGCUCGGUGAAGCCGGCGAUGCCACUUAUUUCCUGCCCUCCUCCCUGCACUGGGCCCCACGCCGGGGCAGCCCCAAUGCCUGUCUGGCGAUCGUCGGCCAUGCCCUCUCGCCGCAGGCCCCCGGCCCGACGCCCGCCUCACGGGGGCUGGUCCUGCUCUGGGCCGGCGCCGCCUUGGGCCCCGAGGACGCUGGGCGCCCGCGGCCACCACGGCCAGACCCGGCACCGGCCGUGGCUUCCUGACGCGCGUUGGGGGCCAGCGGCGGGGCGCCGGUUUAUGUGCCAAUGUACUCUGCCGAGAGUUGGCACUCCCAGCA